UUUGUGCUCGAGGGGAAUAAAUCUGAGGUCUAAAAUGUUCAAUCCCCUCCUUAUGAUUUUAACUAAAAAUUUCACUUCCUACUUAAAUUUCGGUAUAAUGGACUUCCCUAUUAUUAUAGACCUGUUUUCCAGGGGUGGUGCAAGUGCCACAAAAUACGAGACACGGGAUUCACGAGAUACGAGACGAGCUCCACCCCUGCUGUUUUCCCUUAAAGUUCGUUAUAUCGAGGUUUGAUUUACUGUAAUUUUUGUGUUCCCACAGUUAGAAUUUAUUUUUAAGUUGCCAUAUAAGGGUGUUUUGAAUUUUGUUUGCGCAUAAAUAUAAAAACGUGUAAAAAUAAAUUUUAACAAUUAAAAAAAAGGGGAGGCAUGCAUCCAUAAAAUCC